UUGAUAUUGAGAUUAUUCUAAAUAUGAAGGGGGGCAAUAUUUAGGAGUAGUUAAAUUAAAAUGUAAUGAAUUGUACAAUAAACAUCAAAAUAUGAGUGAAGUUGAUGUAUUUAUUAGUAACUAUACUUUAGUUGACCCAGAAAUUUAUGAAUUGUGGGUAGAUGGGCACACUGCUAGUGAAGCAGUGUCAAUGCUAAAUAUUAAAGGAUUAGGUCAACAAACUGGUGCUUCUCUAGAACUGAUUGCAAGUGAUGUAUUGGAUCAUUACAGAACUUAUUCACUUCUAGAAAAACUUUUAAGCUUUCCAAGUAAACUUCAAGAACAGUUUAUAUUUCAGAUUGACCCGCAAACUCGACUUUUUCUUAUUGAAAAGUAUUAUGAAUUUGAUGAUGAGGUAGUACGGGAAGUAUUGGGUAAAAAGUUGUCAUCAAAAAAUAGGAAAGAUUUAGAUGAAGUUGCUGAAAAAACUGGAAAACCUUUGAAGUCUUGCAGAAGACAAUUUGACAAUGUGAAGAGAAUAUUCAAAGCAGUUGAAGAACAGCCUGGUAUAACAACAGAGAAUAUUAAAAGUACAUUUUGCCUCUCCGAAGAUCUAGCAAAAAAGUACACUUGUAUAGUAUUUACAGCAUGCAUGCGAUUUGAAACAUCAAAGAAGAAAGUUCAGCAAAUGUCUUUUAAUAAUUUUAAGAUAUGUUGUGAAGCAAUGAUAGAAAACUGGACUUAUCACUUAAUUGGUACUGAAUAUAAUGAUUUAGAAAUGGAUAGAGAAUUUUUAUUUGAGCUAAGAGAUUUAAAAGUUUUAAUGGAUAAAGAAAGAGAACAUAAACACUUGGUACUAGUCCACCUAAAGCCAAAAUUAUUGCAAAAAAGUUAUGCAGACUUGGAGUCUAAUUUUAAACUAUACAACAGAGCUCUCUUAACCUUAGCCACAACACUCCAUAGGUCCAGGGACAUGAAGAACUUUUUUGUAGAUUUAUCCCAAAUUGUAGAAUACUUUAAACAGAGUUUGUGGUCAUCUCACGAUUUUGAGCAGUUUUUAAUAGCUUAUGGGCAAAUAGCUGGAGAUAUUGAUCCCCUCAGGACCAAUUCGGCUCUAAAAGCUAGCUGGGAGAAGUUCUUGAAAGUUGUAACAAAGUGUUUAUUAAUUAUGUAUAGCUAAUCGUAGUUGUUGCUAAUGCAUUGUAAGAUUUAAAAACCUAAAACCACAAUAAAAUUGUACAUAUUUA